AAAUGGCAACGGCGACUCUUAACAGCUUACUGUGCCUGCUUGUGAAAGCAAUCAUUGCAAUAGGUUGUUUUGUGACUGUUUUUCUCAUGUAUUUUAAACCGUCGAGUAACUGGCUUGCAAAGCCUAUUGAAUCAUCAACACUACCAAUUCAGGAAGAAAAAGAAGAAAAUAAGGUUCAUAAUAAGACUAUAGUUCUAUUAUGGAUGUGGCCUUUUGGUCAGUCCUAUGAUCUAGACACAUGCAGCACCCAGUUCAAUAUUGAAGGCUGUUUUUUAACAGCUGACCGAGACCUAUACAAUAAGUCAAGUGGGGUCAUCAUUCACCAUAGAGACAUAAAAAGUGAUUUAUCAAAUCUACCACCAUUGCAGCGCCCACCUUUCCAAAAGUGGGUGUGGAUGAAUCUAGAGUCCCCGUCACAUACUUAUAAAAACCCAGGUCUUGGAAAUAUUUUCAAUUUGACUUUGAAUUAUAGGCAAGAUGCAGAUAUUGAAGUGCCUUAUGGGUCAGUUGUAUUCAGCCAAAAGGAGGGGGAAGCUUUCGUAUUGCCAAUUAAAACUAAAUUGGUCUGCUGGAUUGUGAGUAACUGGAACCCUGACCAUGCCAGAACGAGGUACUUCAAUGAAUUGCACAAACACAUCGAGAUACACACCUAUGGAAAAGCCUUUGGAGAACACGUCAAUGAUCAAGACUUCCUGCACACAAUAUCCAGUUGUAAAUUCUAUCUUUCGUUUGAGAACUCGAUUCACAAAGAUUACAUCACUGAAAAGCUGUACAACCCACUAGCUGCUGGAUCUGUGCCAAUUGCUCUUGGGCCACCUAGGCAGAACUACGAGAACUUUGUGCCUGGCGAUGCCUUCAUACAUGUGGAUGAUUUCCUCUCUCCCAAAGAGCUGGCUAACCAACUCACACUGUUACAUACAAAUGAAGAAAUGUAUCUGCGGUAUUUUGACUGGCGCAGACAUUUCAAUGUCAAGAGGUCACAUUUCUGGGCUGAACACACAUGUCAUGCCUGCGAUUACAUUAAUAGACACAAGGAAUAUAAAGUUUGUAAUAACCUUGACACUUGGUUUUGGGGUUGACAGCUCAAUUGUUUCUGCAAUGUUGCGGUUCAAUGUUACGGUAUCUCGUGAAACAUGUACAAAAGCUGAAGAACAUACGCACAUCCAGGUACUUUCUGCAGGUGCGGAAGUUGCAGGCAAACUCAUGGAAAACAGAAAGGAAAACGCUGUCGCUCAUGCCCCUAGGUGAUUUUAUAACAACGUUUCGACCCUUAGGUCUUCAUCAGGCAGGAUUCCUUUCUGUAUCUCAUGAAACACAGCCUGGUCUCUUGUGUGAUAACCAGGACACAUCCUUUUGGAAUAUGUUAUGCAGGGCCGUGCUUAAAAGAAUUUCCAUCCUUGUAAUCUCUUCUGUACACUCUUAGAAAAAAAACGUUCCAAAAGGGUUCUUCGGCUGUCCCCUUAGGAGAACCCUUUUUGGUUCCAGGUAGAACCCUUUUACUUCACUACAUUCCUAAAGAAAAUGAUGCACUUUUUACUCCAUACAUUUUCCCUGACACCCAAAAGUAAUCAUAACAUUUUAAAUGCUUAGCAGGACAGAAAAUUGUCCAAAUCGCACACUUAUCAAGAGAACAUCCCUACUGCUUCUGAUCUGGCGGACUCACUAAACACAUGCUUUGUUUGUAAAUUAUGUCUGAGAGUUGAAGUGUGACCCUAGCUAUCUUUGGAAUUGUUCAAUUAUUUUUACUUUUGAUACUUAAGUAUAUUUUAGAAACUACAUUUACUUUUGAUACUAGUCAUUUUCUAUAGAAGUAUCUUUACUUUUAGUCAAGUAUGAGAAUUGAGUACUUUUUCCACCACUGCAUUUUUUUCUAAUAGUGUAGGCUACACCAUUGCAUAGAAGUAAUUCAUUUAGUCUUUCAAUAAGCCAAUUUGUUUCAUAUGCUGGUUUCCAGUGAGCAAUUUACAACAAUGGAUAAUCAAAUUUGUAGAAAGCUUUUGAAGAAAGCUUGCAUUUGCUGGACUUUCUGACGGGCCGCCCCCAGGUGGUGAAGUUAGGAAACAACAUCUCCACCACGCUGAUCCUCAACACUGGGGCCCCACAAGGGUGCGUUCUCAGCCCUCUCCUGUACUCCCUGUUCACCCAUGACUGCGUGGCCAUUCACGCUUCCAACUCAAUCAUCAAGUUUGCAGACAACACUA